AUGCGCCUCCGGUUUAUGCUCCCGUCCACCGGUAUCGCAGGACUCCUACUUCUACACCCCAACCCCACAACAGCCACCCAAACAGACCUCUCCCAGUAUGUGAACGCCCUAAUGGGCUCCGAAGGCCCGGAGCCAGGCACAGGAUUUGGCGGAGGUGAUAUCUUCGUGGGUGGUGCGCUGCCGUUUGGCGUGGCUAAAGUCGGGAUUGACUCUACUGCCGCGAACUGGAGUACUGCUGUUCUUAAUGGUGGUUGGACGCCCGAUGGGAAUGUUACUGGUAUUAGUAUGAUGCAUGAGAGCGGUACUGGCGGGUCACCUAAGUAUGGCUUGAUCUCACAGAUGCCUUUGACUUCUGUUGAUACGCCUGUUAAUGUGCUUGAUAAUUUGACUUAUAGCCAGCCGAGGGUUGGCAGCGAUACUGCUAAGGUUGGCUACUACAAGACAAAUUUGCAGAAUGGAAUCACUGUGGAGCUUUCUGCAUCUCGGCAUGCUGGCAUUAUGGAGUACUCGUUCCCGGAGGGCGAGAAGCAUGUGUUGAUUGAUGUAUCUCAUUAUCUACCUGGCUCUCCUGGCGAUGCAAACGGCCAAAUUUUCGCAGGAGGCGAGAUCCAGAUUGAAGCCAAUGGCAAAGCAUAUAGUGGCUAUGGAACGUAUGCUGGAGGAUGGAACAAUGGAGCUCCGUUUACUGUCUACUUCUAUGGGGAAUUCUCUACUCCUCCAGACAAGUCGCAGACAUUCUCUGGCGUAAACACAGAUCCCAUGCCCCGAUACCAGAAUCUGGCCAACGGCGGUAUAAGCGAACCAACAUUCAAAAACACAUCCAAAAAAGUAACGUCUGGACCAAUGAACAACCGCAUUGGUUUGCUACUCAGCUGGAAUGAUGGACCUGCUUCGCAUAUUACCUCGCGGGUUGGUAUCUCAUCUAUCUCCACCGACCGUGCCCGUUCCUACAUUCAAAAAGAGAUCCCAUCAUGGAAAUUGAAUGACACCGUUGCUUCUGCGGUCAAGGAAUGGAACACAGAUGUUUUCAACAAGAUCCAGGUUCCGCUCGACGACUCUGCCAACAUGACCCAUGUUAGGCUGCUGUACAGCUCGUUGUAUUUUAUCCAUCUGAUGCCAUCGGACCGAACUGGAGAGAAUCCCCUGUGGGACUCUGAAGAGCCUUAUUGGGACGACUUCUAUACAAUGUGGGACAUUUUCCGCUGCACAGUCAGCUUCUAUCACAUCUUCCAGCCGGAGUACUACGAGUCCAUGAUUCGAGGAUUGAUUGAUAUUUGGAAACACGCAGGAUUCCUCCCAGACGGCCGCUCCGGAAACUGGAACGGACUUGUCCAAGGAGGUUCCGACGCAGACAACGUGCUAGCCGAUGCAUACGUCAAAGGCAUGCGAGGCGCAAUCAACUGGACUGAAGGUUAUGCAGCCAUGAAAAAGGACGCAGAAGUCACGCCCUACAACACCUUCGACCCAACAGAUAUGACAGCAAGCACAAAAGAAGGCCGUGGUGCUUUGGAUGACUGGAAGGAAUUGGGUUUGAAUGAUUUUGCAGUCAGCCAGGUUGCUGCUGGGGAAAUGCCCGGUGACCAGGAGAAGUAUCUUAAUCGAUCGGCUGGGUGGCAGAAUAUUUGGAAUCCGGAUGUGAGGAGUUUGGAUUUCACAGGGUUUAUGGCGCCGCGCUUCUCGAAUGGGUCGUUUAAUGAUAGUGGGUAUGAUCCGUUGGUGUGCUAUGGGUGUGAAUGGCAGGAUUAUACGUAUGAGGCGAUUCCGUGGGAAUACUCGUUUGUAAUUCCCCAUGACGUGAAAACCCUCAUUGAGUUCAUGGGAGGGGAGAAGACAUUCGAGUCUCGACUUGAUUUGAUGUUCAAACCAAACAUGUCUGUUCAAAACCUCGGCGCAAACGGUGCAGCCAUAACCACGCUGAUCAACAUUGGCAACGAGCCCGAUUUUGCCACGCCAUAUCUGUACAACUACAUCAACAAGCAAGCCAAGAGUGUGAAUCAAUCACGCAGUCUAGCCAAUCAAUAUUUCAAGGAUACAGCCUACGGAAUCCCCGGAAACAGCGACGCUGGCGCAAUGAACUCCUGGCUCUUAUGGCAGAUGUUGGGUAUCUACCCAAUCGUCACGCAGCCUGUCUAUCUACUCUCAUCGCCCUGGUUCCCUGAUCUUAAUAUGACAAUUAACGGAAAUAAGACGCUCCGAAUCUCUGCUAGUGGUCUUGAGAACGGGUAUUAUGUGCAGAGCGUUAAGAUCAACGGUAAGCAGUGGGGGAAAAAUUGGUUCGAACACGAUGAUGUUAUGACGAAUGGUGGCACGAUCGAGUUUGAUCUUGGGGCGGAUGCGAAGGCGUGGGAAACUGGGGAUGUGCCGCCUUCUCCGGGACAUGUGCAGUUGAACAAGGAGUAG